CGUUUGACUCUCGAGGUGGAUUGGCCGAAACUCAGGCAGGAAGGCAAUCAAAUUGAAGACUGAGAGGUCACAUCAGACUGAGCUCUGAGCUCUUAGAGGAUUCGAAAGGAGAUCCGCAUGGCGCUAGCUUUAGCGUGUUGUACGAAGAGAUGGAAGCUCGGGAGCGCGGGAUAUCUGGCCCAAGGGCGUCGGAUGCUGCAGUCCGGAUCCGAUGAGCCUGUGGAUGAAUUUCUGGGCAAGCACUUGGCACCGAAAGGAGGAGAGCCCUUGAUCGGAAUCACCAGCACGCGCCGUGAAGUGUUGGCGUUGUAUCGGGAUGUGUUGCGUGUGCUUCGAAUUUUCACCUGGCCGAAUGAUGAUGGUGUUAUGUGGAAGGAUGUUCUCAAGUUGAGCGCGCGGAGAGAAUUUGAAGCCGCUCGAUUCGAAAAGGACCCGGAGACGAUCACGAGGUUGCUUGUGGUUGGGAGAGACGCUGUCCGGAGCACUCUUGAAAAGUUCACAGAAAAACGCGAGCAGCUGGCUAGGAAGGAUCUGGACAACGAGCGGAAACCGUAAGGUUUUUAUCGAAGAGAAUCUUGAGGUCUGUCCUCAAUUUCAAGGGUAGAGCGAAAGAAACUGAUUGAUGGUUCAGAGCACCGACCUGCAGGCUUUGGAACUGACAGUGGGAAGAUUGUGAAGAAGUUCUGGUACUCCAUCAGCCAGGCACACCUGGAAUUGGCGAUUACAAAGAACGUAUUAAGUACAGGGAUCGGGGUGGAACAUGAGCUGAAUUGGCAGGCUGUUAGAUGCAUUCUGGUGUAUCCAAUUGAAAGUUGGAUAUCUAUAUCAGAACAUAACCUGAACUGGAGUUAGGUACUUUCAGGCUGGAAGUUUGCACAGCGAUGCAGUUUGAUGGAUCAAAGAAACAUGGCCUGUUUGUUAACUUACCGAAGACAUUGAUGUCGAUGUUAGGAAAUUGGUCCAGCAGUAUGUUUGUAGCUUCGCUACGCACUGGUCUUCGUCCUGCUCUGGAAUCUGAUCUGUGAACUUUAUUGCUAUUGUACGUACGUAGGGCUGACUUUUCAGAGCCAGUACACCAGUGGACGAAGCAUUUUGGUCACAGCCAAAAGUUGACCUAUCGUCAUGGUCAAGGGACUGAUUCUGUAUUUAGUACUGAACUGGUUCCUUCCGAAAUAGGUACAGCUCACGUUAAGUGUUUGUUAUCGGAGCUCGGUGUUCUAAAUGGAAAAAGUUUGAUGUUUAUGAGGAUUCUAACAAGGUGAUUUUCUCUCAUCAGCAUACUUCACGAAUUUGUAAAAUUGCGCGCUCAGAUCCAGAUAAGGAAGCUCUGUAGAAAAGAUUCAUCUAAUAUCAUGGAUACGCUUGUCAGGUUUUGGAUACAAUAUACACAACUUGUAGGUUUGAACGAAGUAAUGAUACAUUUGGGGCGAAUGUACAGCUAGAAGUGAAUUAGGAAACUAAUUCUUGAGUGAGCAAUACUGUGUGGUAAGUAUCUUCUAGUGGUUUUGGAGCACGUAUCCAUAUCUCUGACUUUCUUCACGAUGCUAUCAGAGUUAUCGGUCAAGAUCUUGUUGAUUAUGCUGCAGAAAACUGCAGGUUCUUCCACAUUGCCAACAUUAAAUGAUAGUAGUAAAUUCCAAGGCUCAUGGCAUAGCAGGAUUGCAGGACUUGACGAUUUCUCAAUCGUUACACACGGCGUCAUGACCAACUGCUUAUCAUUCGGCUGCUCCAAGUCAUCAUCUUCAGUCGCAUGCAUUUCUCUUACGUCUGCUGUUUUAUCUAUGCGUCAUAAGAGGAGAUACAGCGUAACUAACGACUUGUAUGUUUUAGCAUCUAAGUAGUUGGAAUUGCGAAAGAGCUAACGUGUUAAUGAAGCCUGGACCUUUUGAGUUGGCCCUAUCCUUGCAAAGAGAGACUGUCGUCGAAUCACAACACACCUCGCGCUAUUAAGAUUUGCAUCUUAUAGAUCGUAGGCCUUUGUACUGACAUCUGAAUUUUAGUAUGUAGUUUUUAUACAAUACCUGCAGACCGCGAGUAGAUGACAUCUGUAACUGGAGUUUACAGUAAGCCCACUGUCAACGUGGACAAGUGAUUAUUACAAUAUUCCUGUUGUACAGACGUUUUCUAUGAAAGGGCGAAUGUGUUUGCUAAUCAA